UGUAUGUAGACAUCUCCCUCCCGCGCCCUUCAAGAAGCAAGCAAGCAGGAAAUCGCGCUUUUCUCCCGGAUUACUGACACGACUAAAGUUUACAAACCCGGCAUCGUCAUGAGCUCAAAUGGACCAAAUUCAACUGCAGAUAACCAACUCGACCCUGAGGAAGAGAAGCGGUUGGCGGCAGCCGCCCGUGAGGCUAACCGUCUGCCCGAGCUCCGUCUGAUCCUGCUGGGCUGGAGGUGGCCGGGGAAAAGCCUCACCGGCAACACCAUCCUGGGGCGUGAAGAGUUUCGUCUGGAGCGUGCUGCCGAAUUCUCAGUGAAACGCGAAACCGAGGUGGAUCGGCGCAAAGUAACAAUAAUAGACACUCCCGGCUGGUUUUCAGCCCAGACCACACCGGCAGACUAUCAGCAGGAGAUGGUCCGAAGUGUAAGUAUGUGCGCACCUGGACCCCACGCAUUCCUGCUGGUCAUACCGGUGGGCAUGUUCACCGAAACGGACCGGGCUCGUAUAGAGGAGAAUUUGGCGCUGUUCGGAGAAGACGUGUGGAAGCAAACCUUGGUGGUGUUCACCUGGGCAGAGAUUUUGAAGGACAAGUCCAUAGAAAGGCAUAUACGAAGGGAAGGUCGUGACCUUCAGUGGGUGGUGGACAAGUGCAAGAAGAGGUACCACGUCAUCAAUAACUAUAUUUUUGGCGAGCACCCGCAGCUGCCUCAGCUGAUGGAGAAGGUUGAGAAGAUUGUAGCUGAAGAAGGUGGUUACUUCAUCAUGAAGGCAGAUGAAACUAAAACACAAAGUCAAACUCCGAGUCUGAACACCAAUUCGGUGAAAGAGAACAGGGAGCUUGGCGCUAGACCCAAACAGAACGGCUCCUGCAACUCGCUGCGGGCCAUGGACGUGGAUCAGAGUUUGGUUGAAGGAUUUAGUGACUAAUGCUGUGUGAACAGUUCCAGUACUGCUGAAUUCAUUACCUCAGUUCCACUGCACUUAAUAGUGUCUAAAUUAUUAGUCAAAUACCCACAUAUCAGUCCAACAGUCCAAGCAGCUUCAGGUUGUAGGGUUUAUAGUAAGCAAUUGUCCCUCUUUAGCUUAUUCUUCUCAACCUGAAUAUAUAACGGAUAAGACGCAGCACAAAAUACUAUCAUCAAAAGACAAAUUUGUGUGAGUAAACCAGUAGUACAAUACUGAUUAAAAUUAUAUCACUACUAUAGUUACACACUGACUUAUGGGUGACCAUGUCCUUAUAAAUUAUUAUAUGUGACGCAGAGAAAAUUGAGGUACAGUAAUGAUGUCUAGUAGAUCAGAAACACUCCACACUCAUAAAUUAUUUGCACUUAAUUGCUUGUAAAGUGCCUCAAUGAAUGCACUAAUAUCAGAGAUUGGAGUCUAGUCAUUAUAGCAUGGGUUAGUUACGUUGGUGACAGUUAUUGAUUUCUUAAUGGUCAAAAACCAAUCACGGUUUUUAUUUUAUUUCACAUCAUAGCUGUUUAGGUGUUUUAGAUAUAGUACGUCCCCAAUCCUUAUCCAAUGUAUAUUUAUGGAUGUUUUAUAAUGAUAUAAUUUUCUAAUAAUAUCAUUAUUGCUGUUUUUAUUAUUUGUGAAAUAUUUUCAUCACGCUGAAGUUACUGAUUGAUUUAGGAUUGCUGUGAUGUUUUAGGAUUGCUAUGAUGCUUUCUUAAAAAAAUCUUUCUAAGUUCUUUUUUUUCUAUUACAUUCUGUCGAUUAAAUGUCUUUUACAAAUGGUUUCCUCCUGAAACUGUUGCUGCUUAACUGUUUUGUUAUAAGCACUUUGAAUGAAUUUCAUCACUGUGUUUAUUUUGGAAUUUAUGAAUUCUUAUGGAACUUGAUUGACUUAAUGAUUUAUUGCUUUUUAUGAAUGCAUUCCUUUUUUUAGAUAUGUUGACCUUUCUGACAGCCAUAAAAAAAAAAAAAAAUCCUUCCCAGAUGUUUAUGUGACAUUUUCUUAUCAUUAAUGAGGAUAUAAUGCUAACAUGCCAUCAAAUACUUCAUGGUUCACUUUUGACCUCAACAGAUUUAACUAAAUUAUUCCUUUGAAUUUAG